AUGGCAUCCUCAGUGCCUGUGGAUUUCUCUUCCGGAGAUCAUUACGCAGUGUUGGGUGUGCCCCGCACAGCCAGCGAGGCGGACAUCGCCAAGGCCUACAGGAGUUUAGCUUUGCGCUAUCAUCCGGACAAGAACCGAGACAAAGUCAAGGAUGCAGAGGUCGGGUUCAAGCGAAUUUCCGAAGCCUAUUCAGUCUUGAGAGAUCCCCAGAAGCGUGCCGAGUACGAUCGCACCGGCGGUACUCGCUCCUAUGUCAGCUACGAUGAGGCUGAGCAAAUGUGGCGCCAAUUUUCUGGACAAGAUGGGGAAGAGGCACCCGAAGACGCCAGAGCAAACAAUCCAGAGCUGCAGAGCAGGAGAAAGGCGAUGGCAAUUGUGCUGGUCGUCGGUGUCUUUCUGUUGGCGCCGAACCUCCUCAUCCAAGUGCUGCCGGGUUUGACUGCAGCGGUUGUAGGCAUAGCUCUGUUGACCCGCAGAGAGAACGCAUCCAAGUGGGCCUGGUGUGCUUUGGCUCUGUUGCUUGCCAGCUAUGUCGCGCCUUGGGCUUUGCGUAUGCGGUCAUCUUUUGAACCGAUGAGAGGCGCGCAGCUGCAAGGCCUUGGAGAGACGGAGCCACCAGUACCUGUCGGCACCCCAAACAGUGGCGAGGAGGUUAUCCUGAGCGAUGGGCAGUUUCUGCGUGUUGCAGACCCAGCGCAUCGAAAUGGCCCGGUCAGCGAGGGUUGGCAGCAGCGAAUGUUGGCCGAGAUGACCGACGCGGUCAAGAAAGGCCAGGAACAGGUUUUGAUGGUUUUCUCUCGCGAAGGAUGCCCCUGGUGUCAGAGGCAGCUGCCAGUCCUCCGGGCCACAAUUGCCAAGCGAUCCGGCUUCGGAGGAUCAGAUGCGGCUGAGGCGGCUGAGGCUCAGCCAGCCUUCCUUGCGCCUUCCGGCACAGCGGCUGUUGGAAUGGCGCCGCCACCCGCAAAGGGUCUUGCUUCAGCGCCGCUGCGGGUUUUCAUCUUUUACGCAGAAGAGUUUCCGUACGUCGCACAAACCUUCAAGGUGGAGGCCUUCCCAACUCAUGUCGCCUGGGGACGCCCUGGUGUUCCGCCGCUUGCCGCACAGGGCUUUCUCGACGAGCAGAGUCUUGAGCAAUU